UGCACUAAUUAUAGUAGGUGUCGUUUUAACUAGUACAAUGUAUUUAUCCCAACAAAACGCAGAAGAUUCUUCAUAUAUAACGAAAAUAUUAAAAUGCUUUUGCAUCAAAAGGAAUAUUAAAGACUUCUUGAAAGAAAAUAAAAACGACAUAAAAUGCUUGCACGGCAUCAGAUUUAUAUCUUGCUCUUUAAUUGUACUCACGCAUGUCUUCACUACUGUAUUUGCUUUAUCAGCAGCUUAUGGAUUGGAUCAUGAGGAGCUUUUCAAUAGUUAUGGAUCUUAUGUAUCGGAAUUCAUAAUUGUUGUGGACACGUUUUUUGUACUGUCAGGUUUGCUUUUGAUAAGGAACAAUACCCGAAAACGUUCCAUACGAGACGUUGCAGAAUUCAUAAUCAAGCGAUAUUUUAGACUCAUAUGGUGGUACACAGCAAUAAUGUUGAUCAUUGUCUUCGUCUUGCCUCGCUUCGGUUGUGGUCCAAUGUGUGACAAAUAUAUCCAGCGCGAGGGAGGGGCUUGCAUCAAGACUUGGUGGUUGGGUUUGCUCAUGAUUGGCAAUUAUGUCGAAUUAGCACAAAUAUGUUAUCCCAUCACUUGGUACGUGUACUGCGACUUUCAUAUGUCUGUGAUUGGUAUUAUUUUGCUCUGGAUUUAUCAAAGAAGCCGGCGCAUAGCUAUCACUUGCUUUAUCAUCCUCACCGUCCUGAGCGCGUUACUUCCUGCUAUAGCUAUUUACGAUAUGCCUGAACUUAUGAAAUUCAAGAUCGAUUUUGAGACUUUUAAUACCAUAAGAAAUUCCGAUAAUCUCUCAGUAAUAGCGAUGUACUCGCAGACACAUAAUAGAGCCAUUCCUUAUGUGAUGGGAAUAAUGUUGGGAUACAUAAUGUCUAAUUAUAAAGAAAUACCUUUCGGAAGGAUUAUCACAAAGAAUUCAUACGUUUUCUUGGCUGUAAUUGUGACAGGAAUACUUUCAUAUCCAUUUAUUUCUUUGAGUGAUAAUUUAAAAGCCGCUCUUGUGUUACUCAUUGUGAGAUUUGGAUGGGCUCUUUUGAUAUGCGCAUUAAUAGCUUUAUGUGAAUAUGGAAAAUUGCCUUCCAUCAAAGGAUUUCUGUCUUGGUCAAUGUUUGCGCCUCUCAGUAAAUUAACGUACGGAAUUUAUUUUAUUCACUUUCUGAUUCUAACCACGAAUAUGGUCUCAGUUAGAGGUCGUCUUCACUACAAUGCUUAUAUUUUGGCGGAGAGAUUCUUUGGACAACUAACGAUGUCUGCUUUUAUAAGCUUAUUCUUCUUGCUGUUUAUUGAAGCGCCUCUGAACAAUUUAGUUCAACUUUUUUUGAAGUCUGUUGGGAAAACACAAACAAAAUUAAAUGUACAAUCAAAUGAAGACAAUAAUGAAAAUAAAUCCAACGAAUUAACGACAGAAGCGUCACAAACCGAGGAAAAAGAGAAAUUACAAUGAAUUAAUCAACACAUUAGUUAACAAAUUAAUUAUUAAUU